CUUCCCUUCUUUUUCGAGACUCGACUCCUUUCUUAUUAGAACACCAUCGCCAAAUAUUCUCGCUACUGGUAUACUCUGAACUGGUACUCUUGAUGAUUGUUUGUGUGUUGUUGCUUGUUGCUUGACGACCCUUGCCUUCAAUCAGACCUGCAAGUUGCUACGCUAUCCCAGCGCGACCCAUUAGCUAAGUUACUUGUUGGCAGACCUUGGCUAGCUGUUAGUUCUCACCUCCAGCAAACUCAACCGCACAUCGGAGAGAUCCCCGCAGCGAGUCCAUCCAGCCAUCACACAUCAAUCAAUCAAUCAAUCGAGACAAGAAGGUCAAUAUCUACAGAAUCGCCAGUAAUAACUUCUCCCCAAUAAAUCAAUCAAGAUGUGGAACGCUUUACGCUCUGACUUUCAGGAGUUCAUGACGACGGUGACGGAAGACACAUCGAAUGUGUUGACGAAACUGGAUGCCGGCAUGGACGACGAUGAGACGCCAGAAGAAGAACAAGACAAUACGACUACUACACCAAAGGACGCAACGCCUCCAACGAAUCAUCGCGAACUCCGGGAAAUCAUGACACUGCUGCGAAGUCAUCCCGGCACGUACACGGAAGAUUUGGCGGAGGAAGACGAUCAAACUGCGUUACAAGAAUUCCUCAAGGAUUUUGACGUGAAUAAUCACACGACGGAAAUUGCUCAAAUUCUGGAAGCGCAUCCCGACACGGUCCAAACCCAAUUCGAAACCCUCUGUCCCACCCAAGUGUCCUACGAAGAAUUUUGGAAACGCUACUUGUAUCGAUGCAAUGAAGACCGCAUGGCGCGACAACUCCAAGAAGAGACGGCACGGGAGCGAGAAGCCGCCAUUGAAGCCGGUGUCACCAGUGUCGCCAAUUUCGUGGGUGGUGCUGUCGCGGCUGUGACCAAUACUAUUGCUCCACCCUCGACCAACAACGAGGAUGAUGGAAUCAACUUUUUUGGCGCCAAAGGACGUCCUCCCUUUGUCAUGAAUACGGCCGUCGAUGAAAGUGGAGACGAUACGGAUUUGCAAAAAGACGAAGACGAAGAAGAAGAACUUGGUUGGGACGACGAUGACGACGACGACGACGAUUUCCAAGAUGAAGAUGGUGUGGUUACCACGGGACAAAUUGAAUUCACCGACAAGGUGGCGGAAGAUCUCAAGGAACAACUCAAACAAGCGAUUGAAGAGCGGGAUCAGAUUCAACAAACGGUGCACAUGCAAGCCGAAGAAAUCAAGUCGCUACAGCUCAAACUACAGGGUGGAGAUGCGGCCGACGCACACAACUCGUCCGAGGUGGAAAAAUUAAAGUUGGAAUUGUUUGAAAAGGAUGCCGAAUUGGCCGCACUCAAAGCCAGUGUCAAUGACGAGAGUGUGGAACGUGGAACCAAUGACAAUCUCAUGGCGUCGUUGGAAAAGAAGUUACGAGCAUUGGCACCGGAGCAAUUGGCGAAACUACAAGUCACGGUAUUUGGAGGAGGACAGCAGCAGCCUACCGGUAAUAAUAGUCCAGAAGAAAUGGCCAAGAUGGAGCAACAAAUCCAAGAGCUCACCGCCACGCUGGAGAGCAGCAACGCCAAAGUGAAGGAACACGGAGACAAAAUACCCCAGUUGGCAGAACAAAUGACCAUGUUGGAAGGCGAGCUGACUGUCGCACGGAACAACAACAAGGCUAUGGAAGCGCAGUUGGCAACCGUCACGCAAGAAUUAGUGACGGCACAGCAGAAGGAAAUUUCCUUGGAGGCCAAGUUCGAGGCAACGACAGCGGCAUUGGCGCAAGCGGAACAAGCGCUCCAGCAAAAGGAGGCAGAGCUACUAGCGACCAAGCAAACAGAUCCUUCCACACCAGACUCCAUUUCGACUGGUGUCAAGGUGGACGACGCGGCACCCCCGGCAACCAAGCUGGAACUGGAUGAAGACAUCGCGGUGGAUGAAGGAUGGGGCGAUGAUUGGGACUAGAGGUUCCCUCUAGAGAGUCACAACAACUGUUCCAAUUUUAGACACCUCUCACUCUCGAACUCUCUCUCUCUGUCUCUUGUUGGAAUUGUAACAUUGCAAAUCCAGCUAUGAAAAACAAUAACACAAGCACCUUUAGUUUAGUUCCAUAAGAAGACAAAUAAGAGCUCAUGCAUCUGCAUAAGUAGGAGAAAGCGGUCAACUGAACCAUUCUCUUACAAAGUAGCACUGAUGUCGUCGGUGAAAACUCAGCUAGCUAGCCAACUAACUGGCGCAGACGGCGACG